AUGGCCAAAUCAUUUCUCUAUGGUUUGGCUCUCGUCUGGUGGUGGUUGUGUCGUCGCCUCCUGCAGUCCAAGAAUGCUUCACACAAAAUGACAUCAUCCUGGCGAACCGGCCCCGCUUUCUCCUCGGUGAGCAUAUUGGCUAUAACCGCACCACCUUGGUGUUCGCUCCCUACGGCGCGACCACUGGCGAACCUCCGCCGCAUCACAGCCGUUGAGGUGCUCUCGAACCACCGUCUGAAUAAUUUCUUGGAAAUCCGAAGAGACGGGAUGAAGCGGCUCGUUCAAAAGCUUGCUCAAGACUCAUGCAACGAGUUUGUGAAAGUGGAGAUGAAGCCAAGGCUUUCAGAGAUGACGUACAACACCAUGAUGAAAAUGAUUUCAGGUAAGAGGCUCAAGAGUUUGGCCAAGAGAAGUGAUGGGUUCUUGCAAGGAGUCAUUGAUGAGCAUCGAAAUUCAAGGCAGAAAGCAAAUACUAUAAGUUCUAAACUACAAAUCAUUAUAUCAGCUGUAAAAGCCAUCGUAUAA